CAGCAUCAGGGCCCUCUUCAUCCAGCCUGCUGGGGCCGCUCAACCUGCACAUGUACAGUCAGAACAUCUCCUCCUCUUCUGCUGCUGAAGGCUCCUUCAUCACCUCCUGUAUCGAGGAGGACGAGCAGGAGACCAGCAGCCAGCCCUCCAUGACCACAGAGAGUUCAGGCUCCUCCUCUCGAUGUCUCUCCGGCUCCACCGGCUCAGACAGCGGCUGCGUCUCCUCCCACCUGCAGGAGGCGCUGCCUGAGGAGCAGAGCCCCCCGACCAGCCUUCCUCCUCCUCCUCCUCCUCCUCCAACAAACAGCACCUCAACAGCCACUACAUUUCAGCUAAAGCAGUCCCAGUCAUCGGCCCUUCCACCAUCGUGUGAUCAGCUGAUGGACG